UUUUUAGUCUUGGGAAAGCAAGUACUUGUAGAGGUAUCCUUCGCAUUAAAAUUAUUUUUCUGAUAAUAAUGUUGUGAAGCAAUCGAUGGCUUUCUAAAUUCAGUUCAUAUAUUUAUUUGUUCCCGCAUCGUGAGAUUUGCAUCGUACUGAAGCCAAGAUCAUACAUCAUCGCUGCGUGACAUUUAGGAGCAUAGCUAUGCGGUAUUUUUAUCGGAUAUUUUCCAACUUAAACGAAGCUAGUCGUAUAACAAAGCAAAUAGGAACAUUAACAUGGGCAGAUAAAUUGUUCAUUAACUAUGUAAAAAUGCCACAGUUCUUGAAGAUUCAUGGCCCGACGGGAUAUGAGGUGACAAAAGACAUAGAUUUAACGGGAAAAACUUGUCUUAUAACCGGAGGCACCAGCGGAAUUGGCUUGGAAAUUAUAAAGUGCCUUGUAGCUCGCAAUUGCAAAGUUAUUACAGCCUGCCGCAAUCCUUACGCAGCCAAGGUCAUUUCGAACAACGUUUGGGGUGAUCAACAAAACUUGGACAUUUACACAACUGAUUUAAAGUCAUUGAAGUCAGUCAAGCAAUGUUCGGACCAAAUAUUGGCUCGUCAAGAGAAGAUUGACAUAGUUAUUCUAAAUGCAGCAAUUUUUGGCAUACCAUGGACCUUGACUGAAGAUGGCCUAGAAACAAUAUUCCAAGUUAAUUAUUUGAGUCAGUUAUUCUUGCUUUUAAAUAUUGAGGAGAUCUUCUCCCCGGAUAUUCGAGUAGUGUUCAUGUCGUCGGAAUCACAUAGGAAUUUGAAAUGGGCUAUCCAGGAUACUAUCACUCCAACUCAAGACUUGCUAUCGCUUCCAAGAGAAGAGUACACAUCUAUAAAAGCUUAUAACAUAUCAAAGCUGUGUGGAAUUCUUGCAAUGCAUUACUUAAGUUACCGCUGGUUGAAUAAGGGCAGAUCUGUGUUCUGUGCUCACCCUGGAUCGUUUGUGAAGACCAAGCUGUGUUCCAACUGGUGGGUGUGGGAGGCGUUGUAUACUUUGAUGAUUCCAUUCAGCAAAUCUAUCCCUCAAGCAGCUGCCACGCCACUCUAUUGCGCCACCUCUCCUGAUCUUCAAGGCCUCUCCGAUUUGUACAUUAAAGACCUCAAGGAUUCCGAUGAAAGUGAGUUGGCCAAAAACACUCACUUGGCAUUUAGAGUAAUUGAAUUGAGCCGAGAAAUAAUACGGGAACGUAUCGCAAUACCCGAGGAGUCACUUUUGACUCCCAAGAAAGUGGAAUAUAUUGAGAAACCAGUGACCACUACAAUUGAACCAGACCAAGACAAGAGUGCUCCAGAACCUGCCAAGAGUUCAGUGAGGGAGACAGUUUUAAAUACGUCAUCAUUGUAAAAUUUGUAAUUUGAUGUAAGACUCUUCAAAAGGAUGCAGAAAAUAUAUUGUGCAAAACAUUGCACACACAAAAUCUUGGCACCUCGUCAUUUUAUAGUCCAGAUUCUUCUUUAGACCAGAUUUGUGGAACACAGAAACGGAUAAUGAUUUGGUGUCAAUGUUACAUCAUAAUAAAAACAUAAUAUCUUGCACCGUAGUUUGUACUCAAUCCUGCAAUUGUCAGGUUUCAUUGUUAUUACAUUUUGUCAUUUAAAAUGUUAUGAUUUCAUAUAAAUGCGUUUUUCUAACAAUA